AUGAAGCGUGUGAGGCCUCGUCGGCCACACAGCAAAUCCAGAAAUGGCUGUCAAUGCUGCAAAGCGCGCAAGGUAAAGCUCGAAACUUUUAUUUAUUUUUUCUCUUCUUUUGAAUCUAAUGUUCUGUCACGCGGUGAAAAGUGUGAUGAAACCAGACCAGACUGCCAAAAUUGCAUCAAACACGGAAUUGAGUGCUUCUUCGCUGAAACAUCCAAUACAGAUGGUCAAGUGAGAACCGCUUCGCCACUUUCUGCUAGCGCAAUUCCUAGCCCGUCAAGUGGAACUUUUAUAGGGGAUUCCACUGGUCCAUCGAUGGGUUUAGCAGAGAUGAAGCUGCUCCAUCACUUCUCCACAUCUACUUGCUAUACCAUAGCCCGUCUCCCUGUGCUGCAAACCGUGUGGCGGAUUAGAGUUCCCAAAAUUGGAUUUUCUUAUCCAUACGUCCUGCAUGGUAUACUAUCCCUGUCAGCGCUGCAUCUCGCACAAUUACACCCAGAAUGCCAUGAUGACUAUGUCGCCCAAGCAGAGUUACAUCACAAUCGAGCGCUGGAGAUGAUCUCGUCUCAUAUGCGCAAUAUCAACGAUGACAAUGCCCCUGCCAUUUACCUUUUUUCGACGGUGACCUCUAUCAUCUCAUGUGCCAAACCACGACAACCCGAAGAUUUCUGGGUUUUUGGCGGCAAAGACAUUGAGUGGCUGUCACUGUUCCGUGGCACUCGCUUUAUCAUUUCUGCGGCAGAGACCACGAUCAGAACGGGCAGCCUUUCACCAAUGUUUGAGAUUGGAAAACGCAGGAACCACAUGCGGAAUUCCCGAUCGACUACAGAAUUGACAUAUGUUGAGGAGUUGCGACAUCUCCUGAAGACCAGGGUGACAGAUGAAAGGAUCUUGAGCUGCUACCUAGAUGCUGUGGACGAUUUGGCGAAAACAUUUGCCCUUAUUGAAGAAGAGGGCCAUUUCAGUUGCCAGACCGCCGAUGUGUUUGUCUGGUUGUUGCAGAUUUCGGAUGACUAUUUGCUUCUCCUUCGGCAACGAACUCCCGAAGCUUUGAUCAUUUUCUCCUAUUUCUGCGUGAUCACUCGCGAGCUUGAAUGGGCGUGGUGGAUGCAAGGGCUUAGCAUCCAUUUAAUUCGGGGUAUCUACUACUGCCUAAGUGAAGAGUACCGUUGCUGGUUACAGUGGCCAAUGGAACAGCUGGGCUGGUCCCCAUAA